AUGCCGGUUCACCUGAUUCUGCGGCGUCCUUCUCCGACGACCGUGUCAUUUACUGUUUCCAACGCAUCCAAGCACACGAGUACUCCUGCUAGAGUGCUUUUCUACCUACAGAUCUUGCUGCGCGCCCUCAUUUUUCUCUGCAUAGUCUUCUGUGACAUUGCGAAAGUGCGCCACUCAUUCUUUCACGAAGAUGGCUCCCUCGUGCGAUGGACGGCAGUCUGGUCGAGCCCAUUGGGUUCUUUUGUCUGUCGCAUCGUGGAUGCACAUAGGUCUGGAGUUGUCGCUUUAGUGAGCAUAUUGUUGCUGUACUGUGUAUUCAGGAAGGGGUAUACAGAAGAAUCUCUCCUGGUUAUCCGCGGGUUGGGCAUCCAGACUUCUACUUCGUCUGCGACCUAUCUGUCUAAAGCUGCGACGAGAUUCAUCCCCACAACGCAGAUUCAAGACAUAGUGAUUCAUGAAGCUUUUAAAGGGUUCGAAGUGCGCUUUUAUCUCGCUGUGAUUGUGGAGGGUGAGCCGGACGUUGUUGUGGUUUUUCCUAAACUUCUACCGAGGCGCGCAAUUCUGGAAGAGGUUUGGAGGGGUUCUCGGCGUUGUUUAUAUGACGCCAAAUCAUGA